UGUGGGCACGCUGCUCCGCGGAGCUGGGUGGAGGCCAAAAGCCAGGCUGGGUGUCCUACGUUGGGAUUCACAUCUCCUCCCACUUGGAGGACGGUGGUUGCUGCCCUCGCUCCAAGGCUGGGAUGCCACCGUUGCUUCCGUUGCUGCCAAAGCGAUGGUGGGGCUUGCUGAGUGCAGCCAGCCCCCAGUGCGCAGUAAGGGGAGGGAUGAUGCCCCGCUCCCCACAGCAGGUCCCGCUGUCCGCCAGCAGGACACGGCAUCUGAGGACAGCAGCACUCCGACCCUCGACCUGCAGCCUCAGCCCCAUAGCCCAGGAGGAGACGCACCCCCCACACCACCCACCCCUGCUGCACAGCGGGAUGAAGGAGCAGAGGAAGGCUCAGCAUCACCUCUCAGUGCUGCUGGGGACACCACAUCUCUCCCCAAGAGCCUCCAGACUUCCCUGGCUGCCCUGCAGGAAGAUUUUGGUUGCUGGGCCAGGGCACACCUGCAGCACACGGAUGAGCUGCUGGGGGUCACCGCUUGCCUGCUGCAGGCUCAGCGCAGACAGAACAAACACCUGGUGUCCCUGUCCCGUGGGGUGCACUCCAUGGCCCGCUCCCUCAGUGCCAUCGCCUCCUCUAUGGGGACAGUGCUGCAACUGAGGCCUCAGGACCCCAGAUCUAUGCUCACCCCACAGGAGCCCUCACUGCCCUUCAACCUGCUGGAUUUGUUCUGCCCCAGCACCUCGCAGCAGAAUGAAACGGAUCGGGGUCCUGCAGCACCUCCCCCUGCUGCCGAGCCCCCCGCCAGGUCCCCAUCACCCAAGGCCCCCAGCCCAGUGCUGGAGGAGGAGCAUCCCAGCAGGGGCAAGCGAGACUGGAAGCACACUGCUGGCCCCAGGAAGAGGAGGAAGAAGUGAGGGGAAACGGUGUGCAAUGAUACUGCAGGAGAGCAGUGAGGAUUGGGCUCCAUCUGCAAACCAGGAUGCCUAAAAAACCCAUGGAAAGUCACUGCAGGGACCAAGCUCCCCACCUCACUUGCUAUGCCAAUAAAAUCCUCCUGGGCUGAG